ACUAGCUAGCUAGUUACGCAGUAGCAGUUUCGCGUCAAGCAGCUAGUAAAACAUUGGACCAAUGCCUUAGAAAACACUCAAUCUUUGCCUCCCUUGGAGAAUAUGAAUGUUGUCCAUUGAGUUCAGUGGGCGGUUUUCAUCAACGUUAUCGCUAAAAACCGAUGGUAACGCCAGACAUUUUUCUAUUUGCAGCGGCCACAUUUUCCGUUUUGGCCGAACUAGCUAACUAGCUAGCCUAGCUCCUGUUAAGACUGCCUGGUAGCAACGCCUAUGAUGGCACAGUGGGAGAGCGAUUUAAAAAAGGAAGCCUAGACUCUGCAUGGCGACGGAGUGGCCCCAGUAGGAGUGAGCAGCCAAUCAGCCAAGGCCACCGGUAGCAUUAUGGCGUCCCGUCAGAGGAACUCUGUCCGGAUCCUGUCCAACCGGGAGCGAGGCUCCCAGACUUUUGGCUCACAGCGGCUCCUGCAGCUGCUGGUGGAGGAGAAAGUGCGCUGGAUGAAAUGGCAGAGUCAGAAAGUGGAGCUGCCGGACAGCCCUCGGUCAACGUUCCUGCUGGCAUUCAGUCCUGACAGGACCCUUAUGGCUUCCACACAUGUCAACCACAACAUUUACAUAACGGAGGUGAAGACUGGAAAGUGCCUACAUUCCUUAGUGGGCCACCGUAGAACCCCCUGGUGUGUGACUUUUCACCCCACAAUUCCUGGCCUGGUGGCAUCCGGGUGCCUUGAUGGCGAAGUCCGCAUCUGGGACCUGCAUGGUGGUAGUGAGAGUUGGUUUACAGAGAGCAAUGUCGCCAUUGCAUCCCUGGCCUUCCACCCGACUGCUCAGCUCCUUCUGAUCGCCACCAACAAUGAGCUUCACUUCUGGGACUGGAGCCGACCGGAGCCCUUUGCUGUCGUCAAGACCGGCAGUGAUACAGAGAGAGUCCGGCUGGUGAGGUUUGACCCUCUAGGCCACAAUCUGCUGACAGCGAUAGUGAAUCCGUCCAAUCAGCAGAAUGAAGAAGACUCUGAGGUUCCGAUGGACAGUGUUGAGAUGCCUCACUUCCGUCAGCGGUCCUUCUUGCCUUCCCAACCAGUUCGCCGUACACCCAUCCUCCACAACUUCCUUCACAUUUUGUCAUCUCGCUCCCCGGGGGCUCAGACAGGAGGCGAACAGUCACGCCCUCUGGGUGAAAGUGGAGGCAGUGUUGGAGAAUCUCCCAGCAUGCCUCUGGCCCAGUACCCUGGUGCUGAGCGUGGGCCUCCUGCUCCUGGCUGCACUCAGCACCUGGGCAUGGUCUGCCUUUGUAGUCGCUGCUCUGUCAAUCGUAACCCUUCUCUGGCCCCCGAGGGCUCCUCCGUGAACUCAUCUGAUCCUAGGGUGCCAUCUGAAGCUUCCCAACCUCCCCCAGCUUCCACGUUCUCUUCAGCCCGAACAGAACCCAGACAACCCUCAGAGCGACCCUCUGCCUUUACGUCAGUCUACUACAGCGCCAGCACUUCUCUCAAUCCUCCUGUACCAAGCGUCAUUGAGCCGCACUCCACCACCAGGCCAGCACCUGAGUGGUCAGUCAGGGAGAUCAGAGUGGGUCCAGGCAUGCUGCCUCCCAGGACUUCGUCGUCCUCCUCCAUCAGUCUCCUUUCAGUGCUCCGUCAGCAGGAUAGCUCCUCCCACUCUCCAGUCUACACCUCUGCUACUGAAGGACGGGGCUUUCCCCAGCAAGGAGCAGAGGCUGGUGGCCGAGACAAUGCCGGUACAAGCAGUGGGCAUCACCCAUUCUGGGACGGCUCCCGCAACACAGCAUCUUUCCGUAAUGUACUUCAGUGCAACUUGAGCCGCUAUUUCCUGGAGUUUGGAGUUGACCGCAUGCAGGACCUGGAACCACCUCUAGGGGGCAGCAUCACAGAUGGAAACCAGGAGCAGAGCCAAGAACUACUAAAUAAUAACAUGGACCCAGACAGGCCAGGGCCUUCCUCAUCUUCCUCCUCCUCCCCUACCCCAAUCAUCCACUAUCAGCCUCCACUCCCUCCUCCUCCAUCUUCUCACAGCCUGGAAAACAAUGUUCCUCCCCCAGCCUCUCGAGGCCAUCUGAAUCGCUGCCGGGCAUGUCACAACUUGCUCACUUUCAACCACGACUCCCAGCGUUGGGAACGCACCAACCAGACCUCCUCCACCUCUGCUUCCUCUCUGGAACCCCCCUCCUCCUCUUCUUCCUCUUCUUUCCCCUCUUCCUCUCCUUGGCAGCCUGAAGAGAGCAGAAGGACACUAGAAGCCCAAACCCAGGACAGGAGGGCACCUGCGGAACCUAGCGAGCAGCCACCACCCCCUGGUGGAGGAGCGGGAACAGGAACAGUGGCCUUCCCUAUAGCUCCGCCCUCUAGCCAGCCUGGCGAGCAGACAGUGGGCUUGGUGUACAACCAGGACACAGCGCAGUGGGAGAGUGUGUAUCGGCAGGCCGCUGCCGGCCGAUCAGCAGAGCCACCAGAGGCCUUAAGCCAAGAAAUGCCUGUUGACCCCCCGGAUGAGGAUUCACUAAGAAGGCGACUGUUGGAAUCAUCUCUAUUAUCAUUGUCGCGCUAUGAUGUGGCAGGAUCAAGAGAUCACCCAAUCUACCCUGAUCCAGCCAGGCUUUCUCCUGCUGCUUACUACGCCCAGAGGAUGAUCCAGUAUCUGUCAAGGCGGGACAGCAUUCGCCAGCGUUCACUUCGCUACCAGCAGAACCGCCUGAGGGCCAUGUCCUCUUCAACAGACAACCAAACCAGUAACCCAUCUAGCUCCAUGGACAACAGUGACGUGGACUUUGAGGAACUGGAUGACAAUGGUGACAGAGCGAGACACAGGACGCCACGUAAUGCCAGGAUGUCUGCACCUUCGCUGGGUCGCUUUGUUCCACGGCGUUUUCUCCUCCCUGAGUACUUACCGUAUGCUGGAAUCUUCCAUGAAAGAGGGCAACCUGGCCUCGCAACACACUCCUCUGUCAACAGAGUUCUAGCUGGGGCAUCAAUCGGCGAUGGUCAGUCUGCAGUUGCCAGUAACAUUGCUAACACAACCUACCGUCUGCAGUGGUGGGACUUCACCAAAUUUGACCUACCCGAGAUCAGCAAUGCCUCAGUCAACGUUCUCGUGCCAAACUGUAAGAUUUACAACGAUGCAAGUUGCGACAUUUCUGCGGAUGGCCAGCUGCUUGCUGUCUUCAUUCCCAGCAGUCAGCGGGGUUUUCCAGACGAGGGCAUCCUGGCCAUCUACUCUCUGGCUCCGCACAACCUGGGAGAGAUGCUCUACACCAAGAGAUUUGGUCCAAAUGCCAUCUCUGUCAGCUUGUCUCCAAUGGGCUGCUAUGUGAUGGUUGGCCUGGCAUCUCGUAGGAUCCUGCUGCAUCCCACCACUGACCACAUGGUGGCGCAAGUCUUCCGCCUGCAGCAGCCACAUGGAGGAGAGACUUCCAUCAGGAUGGUGUUCAACGUGGUUUACCCCAUGGCUCCAGAUCAGAGACGCCAUGUCAGUAUCAACUCUGCUCGCUGGCUGCCGGACCCUGGGAUGGGCCUUGCUUAUGGAACCAACAAGGGGGACCUGGUCAUCUGCCGGCCUGUGUUUUACCGUAGUGAUGGUGAAAGUCCUGGAGAGUCCAGCAGCGAACCGUUGUUCUCAGUCAACAACAGUGGAAGCAGCCGGACCAGGGGUUCUGACAGACCAGGGCCAAACCGCUCCGGUUGGAGGUUGGACAGAGACAUGGGCUUAAUGAACGCUAUUGGUCUUCAGCCUCGACACCCUGCCCCCUCAGUGACAUCACAAGGAACGCAGACGCCAAUCAUCCAGCUACAGAAUGCUGAAACACAAACGGAGAGGGAACUAUCGGAGCCCAGCACAUCGCAGCCCACGCUCAACACUGUGUCUCCUGAGGCUCCAUCCACCAGUCGUGCUACUCAGGGGCCGAUGGAGGCGGCAGCUCAGGCCACCGGAGCUCAGUACGGAGCUCAGGGGGAAGCUUCAGCCGAAGCAAACACCUCCACAGCCAGCACCGGAGAGUCCCCAGAGUUCGGCUCUGGUGAAGAUGCUCUCGCACGAAUCCGCCGGUUGAUCGCUGAGGGUGGAAUGACGGCCGUGGUCCAGCGGGAGCAGAGCACCACCAUGGCCUCGAUGGGUGGCUUCGGAAACAACAUCAUCGUCAGCCACCGCAUCCACCGCGGCUCCCAGACGGGCACCGGGGCCUCUAGACCCCCUGCUGACCCCACCAUGACAGCCCCCUCUUCCUCCUCCUCAGGUCCUCUCCUGCUCACCCAGCCCCAGACACACACCUUCCCCCAGACCGGCCCCCAGGCUUCUAACCCAUCUGAACAGCUCACCCCCAUGUGGGGCCCCCAGGUGCUGUCGGGCCCUGAACCCUCUGGCCUCUCUCUAGCUGUGGACAUGGACGAAGUGUUUGACGGGGGACGGACAGAUGACGACUCCCUGCCAGGUCCCUCCUCCUCCUCCUCAUUGCUCUUGUCUUCCCCCUCUUCAUCAUCAUCAUCCUCCUCUCAUAGCAACCAUCCCAGUGGCGGCGGCGGCAGCAGUCGAGCCAGCCCCAAUAGUUACCCCGGCGACCCGUACAGUAGGUAGGCCAAGAGAAGCAGAGCGAUGGCCGAUCGUUUCGCAAAUGGCGCUCCUAAAAAGCCUUAUCUCACAAAGAAUGGGUGCUGCUUUGACUCUGCACAGGGUCUCCCGCCUGGAAAAGAAGGGACACAAGAACCUACCCCCACCCCUCCACCCUUAAACCUUCAGUGGCAUUGGCGUGCACUUAAAAAAACUGGACUGAAGCUGAACCGCGAUCAUUCCACGUCAGGAAGGGCUUCUACUUGAACGGAGGCCAGUUAACGCUGAGCUCCUCUCCGCCCAUUUCUUUAAGUAUCAGCGUGACGGAAGACAAGGUUCCUUUUAUUAAAGUGCCAUGUCGGGAGGGGGGAGGGGGGCUGUGGUAUCUCUACACACAUUUACUCCAACGUGCUGCAUUCAGUGCCAUGUGAUGUUGAAAUUUGGUGUGAAAUAGUGCGUGAUUGAAGUGUUUAAACAGUGAAUUCAGCACUACUUUAUUUUGAAGCCUGUUUUUGUACCAUGUGUAGUUAUGAUGUUUGAAAACAAGAAUUGGAGGCUGGACUCUGCUUUAUGGCCUGAGAUUCAUGUGUGGGACGUUACUGUGUUCAUGUGGAAACCAAUCAUCUAUGACUGAACGGAAAACUGAGACUGAAUGAACUGAAUCUACUGCAUGUCUUUUCAAUGAUGCUGCAGUUCAUGUUUCCAAAUGAAACUUUUUUUUUUUUUUUUUUUUUUUUUUUUAAAUUAAGGCUGAAGAGGAGAAGAACAUUUCCUGCUGGGUGAGCAGGGGUUUCAUUGUGCCCCGCUCCAAACCCUCCACCCCAACCCUCUUAAAUCCACCCGGCCCAGUUGCACUAUAGUGUGUUUGGUUAGAGCAGCCUGGAUGAUUGAAUGAGUGUGUGUGUGUGUGUGUGUCCCUGUUCAGCGUUGACAUGAUCAAACUUGACAGAAAGUCAGGAACUGAACUGUAGAGAUGAUCGAGACAUGAACAUAGAUGCUGAUCCUAGUCGACAAAACUUCUUAAAUUAACAAACCAACAAAUCUUUUUAAAGGAGUGUGUCAUUGGUUUUGCUAGUUUUAGGCCGUUUAUUAUGUGUCUGUUUUUCUAAACAGUGCUAAAAAGUGUUUUAUGAAUCUAAUUUGCAUCUGUAUUUAAUGUUUUUUUAAUACCUACAGACCUUUAUUAAUGAAACUGUGUGAGUAAGGUGUUGCUCCACCACGUGCCUCCAGAACAGUUUCAGUGCUUCGGCGUAGAAAGUGCAAAGUUUAAUGGUGACAAAUGGUGAGGCCAAACCGUCAAUUUGUUUAGUCAACCUAUAAAACUGUACGGGGCUCCAAGCAUUAAAUCCACCAGUACUUACAGAAGAAUAAAAAUGUCUCACAAAUACUUGUUUUCAUUUUCAGUCGUGUCCUGAAACAGCUGGACAGUUUAUACAAGACAAACUGGAGGAAAUGGACACUUCAGGACUGUUUUGAACGGUGAAUAAAUCCACAUUUAGUGCUCACUUUAGAGAGUCUUUGUCAGUGGCAUGUAUCCAAAUAAUGGAGCCCAAAUAAACUCCACUCUGCAUCUAUAUGGGAAUGAACAAACCUGUCACUCAGUGCACCGGCAUGGUUCAGUUCUGUGUUCUCACUGAUGAUGUGGAACAGUGUUUCACAGUGGGCUGUAGAUGCAGAUGAUCGCUGGGAGCAUCAGUGUGGGUCAUUUUGGGUGGUGAUCUUUUCCAAAUCAUUCUAAACGUAUGAUAUUUAAGUCAUUUUUAAAGCUCAGCCAGUCUGCUUUGAGAGUGAAUUCUUUUCCUCUGCAUGUUAGAGUUCAACAUGAGAGUUGGUGGGGGUUUAUUACAAAAGGUAACUGUAACAGAUUAAAGAAGAAUUUUGGCCUUAAAUGUAAUCACCAAAUCUCAGAUACUUAAUUUGUAGUAUUGGUGUUAAAACAUGCAUAUAUUAUAGUAUUGGCAUUUUACUACUUUGAGGAAACUGUUGAGGGUUUGAGGUCACUGUAAGAAAAACAAACAUGGAAAUGUGUGGUUUUUAAAUAGUGAAUACUGGAGACUGAUGCAAGCAAAUGGAAAUGUGGAUAAAAGACAUCAUGUCUGAGCGGGGUUUGUGUAAGUGUGUGUGUGUGUGUAUAUGCCUGACUGUGUUUUAGUUGGUGGUUGGUUCGUCUGUUUAAGCCCCCAUGUCCCCCUCCCUCACCGUUUCCUCUCCCUUCAAACUCCUGCAGAAGAAAACUUGAAUUUUUGAUCAAGCGCUACUUUUCCUUUCCAGCCUCUUUAUGGGACUGUACAGCCACGAUCGCUCUGUGCUGUUUUUUUUUUUGUUUUGUUUUGUUUUGUUCUUUUAUAGUCACAUGUGCUUAGCCAUCCAGCUGCAUAGGUAGUGUUUUAAGUUGUGUAUGUGUGUGGUGUGGGGGGUGGGGGUGGGGGUAGGGGGGAGUCAUGGACCUACAACAAUGAAGAUAUGAGGAGGGGGAGCCCUAACGGGAGCUGUGCAGUGACACUGAGCUGUUUACGUUUUAUUUUUUAUUUAACCUUUAUUUCUGCAGGUUAGUCCUGGCGAGGACAGCAGCUGCAUGUGAGAAAAUAUGUCUGAGAGAGAAACCUAAACACAGCAGGUGAUCUGAAUGCUCCUCCUGGCUUUACUUGAUCAAUGAACAUUUAAAGAAAAAAACAAAAGAAACAAAAAAAAAAAACACAGUUUAUUGGGAUGAUCUCGUGUCUGUUUUGUGUGCGUGUUUGUUCGGGUUAUUGGAGGGGGAUUUGUCCCCUCCUUCCCUGUGAAUGAUUAACAGCGACACCGUAUUCAACAAUGCAACUGGUAUAAAAUCAAAGGUACAACUGUGUCACCAAAUACCCCUGCUAUAUCAGACUGUCGAGUUUGUACAGCAACUCUUUGCUUUGACUUUUAGACGUGAUGUAAUUAAAGAGCUUUGAGAGUUUUUCUGUGAUCAGAUGAAAUUGUUGAAGAUUAUUUAGUAAAGCUUCUGUAGGUUUCUCCUCGCUGAGCUGCCUCUGGUUGGACAAUAACAGUUUUACAAAUUCAGCUGUGAUAGCUGGGAAACACAAAGCUCGUGCCGAGGUGUAAACCCUACAGAUCAAAUCUUUUAUCUCCUGUUUAUCUCAGCUUUUAUUAGCAAACAGCAAUGUAAAAAAACGCUCAGGUCGUCAUUACAAAAAUAGUUAAUAAAUUAUCUGGCUGAACCUGA